AUGUCAUAUGAUCCUAUUGGUAGACUUCUAAAAGUAACUGCAAUAGGAGGUUCUUAAAAAGAAAAACUAAAUCAUGUUCCUAACACAGUUAUAAAUCCCUUGCAACUUACAGGGAAAAAAAUGAAAACUAUUAUAGAGCAGAAUCCUCCUGGAUCUAUUCCUGUACCUUCAAGAGUAAGAUCUGUAACAAUAGAUGUUGUAGGAAAACCAAAAACAUUAUUUAAAGAAGAUAAUGUGGAUUUAUCAAAAGCGAAACGCUCAGUAGAAAGGCAUUUAUCAAAGCCAUUUGGAUAUUCAGAAAAAAUAUUAUCUAAAUCAAAGAAUUAAAGGGAAUCUAGUUAAAAUAUUUAAAAUAAAACAACUUAUCAACAUCCUGAUGUCUGGAAUCAGAGUAUAAAUACAGAAUCUAAAAGAAAGUAGUUUAAUUUAACUAAGGAUCAAACUCUUUAAACUCUCAAGUCAAUGAAUAAAAAGCAGAGAGACGAGUUUAUUUUCAAAUCUCAUAACUAGGCUAAGAUUAUUGAGAACUUUUAUACUUCGUUAAGAAAGGUCUUGAAAAAAAGACAAUAUACUUAACAAUACGGAGAAGAUAUUGAUUAAGAUGUAGAAGAGUCUGAACUUUUAAAUAAGUUAUUUAAUGCUUACACUCGUCUAAGAAAUAUAUAAAUUGGAUAGAGAACUGAUUAAAAAUUUAUUUAUUUAGAAGAACUAAAAGAUUUUUGCUUUACUAUUGGUUUUAACUCUGAUUCAUAGGGAGAAAAUCUAAUUGAGUAGUUCUAUGAGUAAAUAUAUAAUCCAGAACUUCUUUAAGAUGCUAAAAUUAUCAGCAAAAAGCCUUCAUUGCAUUCUUUGAGGACUAUGACUAUUAUUGAAUAGCUUAUUCCUGGACAAGCCUUAGUAAAAAAAUCUGAUAUGGUUUCAAUGAGAGCAAUUAAUUAUAAUUAUAAAAAAUAUUUGCAUGAAAAUUUUGAAAUACUAUAAAAAUUUAGCAGAAAUGCUUCUAAAUAAAUUUUGGUAGAUCUGCUAGCUAAUAUUAAUCCUUGGGUUUAUUAAAAGAAAUUGCUUAAACUUACUCUGUAAAGAUCAUAAGAACUAGAAUAAGAGUUUUUUACAAUACAAAAUUUAUAUGGAAAUGAAUAAAUUAUAAAAUAAGUAAAUAAAAGAAUUAAAGAAAGAGACGAGUAAGUAUAAGAAAAGCUCAUUUUAUCUAAAUUUAUUCAUUAAAUGGUAAGAAAUAAUUUUUUGAAAAUUGAUAGUCUCAAGGAAAAUUUUGUGAAAUAAAUUGUUUCUAAGGCAGAAAAGAUUAGUGUUUUAGAGGAUUUUAUGGUGGGUUUAUUAUAGCAUUUGUUUAGUAGCAUUCAAGGUGCUGAAUCCGUUGAGUCUUAAGAAGAGAUUAGUGAUAGAUAAUCAGAUUGUAGCUAGGAAAAAGAGACUAAUUAAAUAUAAUAAGAAAAUAAAUAGCUGCAUUUGGAAAAAAUAGCUGAUUUCAUUCAUAAUAAUAAAUAUAGAGGUGAUUAAUAUGAUAUUAUUAUAAACUUUUUAGUAAAAAUAAAGAAAUAAGUCAAUGAAAAGAACUAGACAUAAAAUAAUGAGUAUUUAAUGUCAGAAGACAUAACUUGUUUUUGUACAUAAUAUAAAGAAAAGUAAGACUACAAAUAGUCAGUUAUUAAAAAGUAUAUUGAAAAGGCUAAAAAAUUCUAUGAUAAACACCUUGGAGAUGUUGAUAUUAAUGAAGAAAACAGGAAAAAAUUUGAUAGUAAUACGGUUGGAACAUACACUUUGAAAAAGAUGUAAAAAUAUGAUAGUAUAAUAGGGAGCAGGGCAUCAAAAGUAAAUUAAAUAUUGAAUUUAGUUUAAAAAAGAGUUAUAUACGGAGUCGAUUCAGUUUAUUAUGAUGGACCAAUAGAGGAGAAUGAUUUUUUUGAGUAAAUAGUCAGUAUACUUAAUUCUGAAUUGAAAGAUUUUAAAAUAUAAAUGCUUUUUAAUGAAAAUUUUGUCCAUUCUUAUUUUUAAGAUUAUUAAGAAAUGCUAGAAAAAGAAAAACUCAAAGCUAAAGGCUGGGAUGAUGAAAUUUAGUAAGCUUUAUAAUUGUAUUAGCGAGAAUCCUAAAGGUUGCUAAAUGUAGUUUAAUCCUGGAAACCGAAAGAAAAAUAAAAGAAAUCGAAAUAGCAACAAUCUCCACAAGCUAAUAGAAAUUCAAAAGGAUUUGAUGGUAUUAGACAAUCAGCAUAAACAAAAAGCAACCAAUAAAUUAAGUUGUCAGCUUAAUAAUUGAAUAAAUAAUUUUUAUAAGAUUUUAUUGAGAAUGAAGAAAAGGAUCUUGAAAAAAAUAAUGCUGCUAAAUUGGAUUCAUAAAAAUCUUUAUACUCUCAAAAUUUAAAAGAAGCCUAAAAAAAUUAAUAAUAAAAAGUUUAAUAAGAAAAUAAAACUGACUCAACAACAAAGAUUAAAAAAUAAAAUCCAACUUAACAUGUAAUAUAAAGCAAUAUUAAAGAUUAAGUUUAAAAAAGUUCAUUGUAAAAAAUAUAGCAAAUUUAAAGUGAGAGAAAAAAAUCAACAUAAGAAUAAAAUAGUUAAAUAAAACAAAGAUAAUCUGAAAUAAAGUAAUUGUAGCAAAGGUAAUUAAAUGAACAAGAUUAAAUUUAAUAAAUAGAUUAGCAAAAAAAUAAUUUUAAUUAAAAUGAAAAUCUUUCAUUCUUUGAGUUUAUUGACAAUUAAUAUGGAUACAGCGAUGAUAAAAAUAAUAGUUUUCAAAGUAAAUAAGGACAAAAAGGUUCAUAUAUAAAUAAAGAUUCAAGUUAGAAUAAGCUAAAUUCAAUUUAUAAUAAUUAAAAAACAAAUAAUAUUACCAAACCCAAAGACUCAUCUCCUAAUCAUUCUAGUCAUAAUGACCUUAGCACAAUCAACAAGACAAAUUAGGAUAGUAUUAACAAUGACCCACAAAUUUAGAAAACGAACUAAAUGUAUACAGAUCUUUUUAAUAUUCUAAACAGCAUUAAAGAUGAGUUUGAUAUUGUUUGA